AUGCCUCCCCACCAAACCCAAUCAGGCGAGCUAGGACUUUCAACCCGCAACGAAAGCUUACCAACACCAAGCAAUUCUCCCACACAACACAGAGAAUGGCAUUCACACCCAGAGGCGGACGCGGCGGCGGAGACCGUGGAGGACGAGGCGGAUUUUCCAGAGGAGGAGAUCGUGGGGGACGCGGAGGCUUUUCUAGAGGCGGUGGUGAUCGUGGGGGACGAGGAGGGUUCUCAAGAGGUGGACGAGGUUAGUACUUUAUUCCUCAGCUACUCGAGAGAGAUCUCGAUUGGUUGA